AUGCCCAAGCCAAAAAAGAUCGAUCCCAAAGCCCAGGCGCGCACCUCACCACCCACCCCCACCAUCCCCAACUGGCCACCUCUCCGCCCCCUCCUCCCCGCCGCAGACCUCAGUCUCGUCCCUCUCGUCCCCGACCAGAUCUAUCUGAUCCAGAAUUUCUUGUCGAGCUCCCUGUGCAAGGCCUAUGCCUCGUUCCUCGCGUCCCUGCCACUGACGACCACACCCGGGAAACCGAAGAAGGAUGAGGCAGUGCGCGUGAACGAUCGGUUCCAGGUGCAGGAUGCGCGGUUUGCGGAGAUGUUGUGGAGCGGGACUGCGCUGAAGGAGCUGGUUACGACGAGGUUUGCCGAUGACGAGGCCUAUAAUGAGGAUGGAGAAUAUGAGCCUCUGGCUGCGGAGGAGUUGGCGAAGAAGGCGAAGGAGGUUUGGGGCGGGGAGCCGUUGGGAUUGAAUCCGAAUAUUCGGAUCUAUCGAUAUUCAGCUGGGCAGUUCUUUGCUCAGCACUACGAUGAAUCCAAUUCGUUGACCUUUUUGCCUCCAUCUGCUACGAAAGCUUGCCCCGCACGCACUACAUGGACACUCUUAAUUUAUUUGACUACCUGCUCUGGUGGAGAGACAGUAUUUUAUCCCGAACCGACACGCGCAAAUCGGAACCCGGAGCCAAUAGCUGUGGCACCAGAGAUCGGGAUGGCGCUCUUGCAUCGACAUGGGGACCAUUGUAUGCUGCACGAGGGUAUGGAGGUGACGGGUGGAGAGAAAUGGGUGCUGCGGAGUGACUUGGUUGUUGCUCGAUGA